GAAAGGAAGUAAGUUUUAGACAUAUAAUAAUAACAAUGGAGAUGAAAACUUUUCUCCGCAUCUUUCUCUUCUUCUUCCUCAUUAUCGCUUUUGCUUCUCAGUUGAGCGUGGUUAAGCCAUUUGCAGAGGCUAGGACUUGCCAGUCACAGAGCCAUGGAUUCCAUGGGACAUGUCUGAGCAACCACAACUGCGGCCAGGUCUGUAAGAGUGAGGGUUUCACCGCCGGCGAAUGCGUUGGCUUACGCCGUCGCUGCUUCUGCACUCGCCCCUGCUAGCUAGUUUAAGAAGAAGAAGAAGAAACUCGAUUUGAUCGAUCGAUCUUUCGAUAAGCUACGUACUAUUUCAAUAAUGAUCAUCUUCUUCGAUCUUCUUUCUAUUAUGUUUUAAGAUAUUAUUGUUAUUAUGUUGUUGGUGUUCUUAUUAUUAUGAUGCUUAGCAUAUCCUUGUUUCAA